AAUGCAAGAUAAACGUGCUUGCGAUAAUGGCUUCUCUUUCUUUACGUGAUCAGGCUCUGCGGUUGAUGCGAAUCAUUGGAACAUCAUCGUAAGUAUCAAAGAUUUGUAUGUUUCCAUUCUAGGGCCUGAAUUGCGAGUUUAAACGUUUACUGAACACUUGAAAUGUUACAAUUACAAAUGUACAACUACUUUCCGCGAAAUUCCUCGUCAGCAAUGAUUUAUUGAUUCUUGGCUUUUUCUUUGAAGAUGCAGAUGCCCGGCUCAUUCGCAGACAUUUUCCGCAGGUUUGUUAAUAAGGCACUGGAAAAUUUAAAGUGAUCGUCUCCAACAGCCAGAACUAACCACACAUUUCAUGCUUGGGGCAGGUGGGGCCUGCAUGAGGGGGAGGAGGUGGGGGUGGGUACUCCCCAUAAUGGCCUGAACGGGGGGAGGGGUACCCUUUUUCAGGCUUCUGGUCAAUGAAAGGGUAGGGGUUUUACUAAUUAAAGUAUAUGAAAGGUUACGGAAAUCUGUCAUUGGGGUCUGUGAAAGGACCUAAAAGGUCUAACAGAGGGAUUUUAUGGCUGUAAAAAUUCGAAACUUCCAGGUUUCCCUUUUUUUUUCAUAUUUAAAAGACAGUGCAUGUACAGCAAUUAAAAGGGAUACAAAUUUCUGAACUAGAUAUUUGAAAGGGAUAUGAUUUGUCAAAAUGAAAACUAAGGGGUACCUUUUGUGCCAAAAAUGGUAUGUAAGACUGUAAAAUUAAUAUUGUACUUUUUAAUAUUAAUUUUAGGAUCUAGGUUAUCUUCCACUGCGAAGGACCACAUUGAACCAGAAUGUGCUUUUGAGGUUUGUACAGACAGUUCAUUUUUAGUUGCACCAGGUAGGCUAACUGUGAUAUGUUAGGGUUGGUCAUAUUUAAUGGCACUAGCUUUUGUGCAUCACAUUGGCUUCAGUUGUUGAAUUUCCCUACAACUGAAAGGUUGGUUUAUAUAUUUUACCACUCAAAUUUAUUUCCAGGUUAAUAUUGAUCUAAUCUAACUUGAUUAAUUCUCAAUUUCUUUUGUCUCCAAGUCUUAGGAGGAAAUUCUUUUUAAUGAGAUCAAGUUAGGUCAAAAUGUUUUGACCUGAAAUCAAUUUGACCUGUAGCAUAUAAAUAGUGUUAGAAAGAACCUGUCAAGAAUAUAAUAAUCUUGCUAGGAAUGGACCCACAAGCCAGCUGGGGACUAUGCCUUUGUCAAAGUAAAAAUAAAUUUCGGUAAAAUUUUUUAACCUACAAUCGGUGACAAAAUGAGUUGAGACACUUCGCCCAAAACUGGGCUUUUUUACGUUUUAUUAACUUCAAAGGGAGGAAAUAUAGCUUUCCUCCCCCAUCCCCUCCGUGCAAUGUUGUGCCCUUGUUCUAGCUACCUGUAGAAAACAACAAACACCCCAACUUUGAAUGGAGGGGACAGGGGAGGGGUGCAGAUUCUUUUGUUCUCCGAAAUUACCCUAUUUAAGUACAAUGUCUCAACAAUUUUGUCGCCGAUUGUAGGUUGAUUAUUUAUUUCCCUUAUCUAGUAGCCCUAAAAAUUAUUAUUCAUGAAAGGAGACAAAGGAAAUUUAGAAUCAACCUAGGCAUUACGGAAUUCCAUGCAUUAAUCUGCAUCGCCCGUAAAAUUGGGGUUCUUAUGACUAUUUGUGGGCUCACAAAAGAUGCCAACGCAUGUCAUGUCCUUUGACUCUAGACCGAAGGGUUAGUGUAUUGUUUCAACGAUACAAAGGUAAUUUAACUUAAGCGAAUCGAUAAUUUGAAGCUUUCGUGCUACUCUCCGUUUUAUAAGGAAAUGCAAUCGCAAUAAUUGUAAUAACAAUGCAAUAACUAUAGGUAACAAUUAUUGUUAUCUACAGUUAGUUUUUUUCUGAAGAGCUAACAAAAAUUAUUGUUUUAUUAGGUGGCAAACUCUAGCAUCAGGUAUGGAGAAGGAGUCACCAGAGAAGUUGGCAUGGUAAGCCUGUGCUUCUGCUUAAAAAGUGAAUGACAAGUUGAUGAACUAACAGGAUAUAAUUAUGGUAGGGUUAGCUCAAUUGGCAGCAGACUUAUUUAUUUUGUUUAUUCAAUAAUUUGCGCAAAAUUCAGGUGAUUCAUCUUUUCAAGUAUCAAUCACAGUUCCCUCUCCACAUGAAAGGUAGAUCUAACCACCACGCUCUACAUCUCCUACUCUUUUUGAUUGAUUCCUUGCAUAUUUUGACCAGUUAAACUCGAUCAGGCUGAGCCUGAAAAUACUGUGAUUGUCCCGAUUUAAACGACAAGCCAUUUCUGUGGAAAUGGAUGACUAGGUAGGGAAUGGUGGUCCCAUAUCCAGCUUAUGAUGCAAAAGCCAUGUCCUUCAUAAAAAUUAAUAUAAGUUUGUGCUUAAUAUGUUUACCCUUAAAUUUAUAAUAUUAGUAAUUUGGGAUAUAUCCUUGGCAUCUUGUUUCAGAAAUGACCAUUUUUUUAAAUUCAUUUUUUAAAGGAUUUCAAAAAUCAUGGCCUGAAGAAAGUCUGUGUAAUUACAGAUCAAAAGGUAAGAUUAACUUUUUAAAAAUAUAUAUAUAUAUAUAUACCCGUAGAUAAAUUUUGUUGCAUUAAAUCAUUAUCGUAAUGCCUAUAACUGUAUAAAUAUUAUUAAAUUAUAUCUCUAGGUGUCAACCACCUGGGUUCUUGUUUAAUUUGUAUUGCUUUAAUUUUGAUUGUACCAAGAAGGCAAAUAGUUUAUUCUUAUAUGGUUAGAGUGUAAUUAACCAACAUUUUUUAUUAUGGAAUUUUAUAGCUUGUAAAUUUACCUCCUGUUCAAGCAGCCAUCGAGUCUCUGGAAACAAAUGGAGUCAAUUAUGAACUUUAUGACAAGGUCAGGAUUGAACCAACAGAUGCCAGGUGAAUACAGUGUUCUACUUUUGGCCCUGUCACACCCAAGGGUACCCUCCCAGGGGUUAUUCAAGGGUUGCAUUGAGUGGAAGCUGGCAAACUAUUUUUUAGGGUUUGAACUUCAUGAUUAGGGAUUUUUUCUGGUAAGAACAUUUUGGCUUGUAUUUUGGUGGGUUCGUAUUUUACAAUGGAUUUUUGUGGUUUUCAAAAAAUUUGGAAAGAUUUGUGGUCUAAAAAUUCAUGAAGAAAAAUCUCUAGCUUCUGGCAAAGUAGAAUUUUUUUGGAGGAAAAUGUAUCCCUAAACAAAUACCUAGUAUGAUUAGUAUGGAAAAGAAGUGGGCCCUUUUUUUGCUAUGCAGCUGUGUAGUCAUGUGGCACGAAACACCAUACUGGUCUCUGACACACAGAGAAUUUGUUUAUAGGAAGGAUCUUUAAACUAAGGAUUGUGGUAAGCUCUUAAUUUGUCUCUUUGUCCCACAACCAGUGCCCUACCAAGUUUUAAAUCUGUUCACUAAAUAAAUCUUUUGUUUCUCUUAGUUUUAAGGAUGCUAUAGAUUUUGCCAAGAGAGGUCAGUUUGAUUCCUUUCUAGCUGUGGGCGGUGGAUCAGUGAUUGACACAGCAAAAGCUGCCAAUCUUUAUUUAUGCCAUCCUGAGAAUGAUUUCCUAGAUUUUGUGAAUGAACCUAUUGGUAAAGGCAUGCCAGUUAACAAAGUUCUGAAGCCAUUGAUAGCAAGUAAGGAAACUCCUUUGUAUCAUGUACUGUAGAUCACUUUAGUUUCAAAAUCUGUCCAAAUGCACUUCUGAGACUUGUUUUUUAGAAACCAAAAUUGAAGACAAAACAAUGAAGUUUCGUUUCCUACAAGUGAGGCAGACAUGCUUCUUUUCAUACAUGCAAGUAGAUCUAACUUGUUGCUGUUCAUCGGCAAGGAGAAGGUUCUAUAGCAAGGAAGUCAAAGGUUUGGCAAAAAAACAGACAUUUUGUGGGUUCUCCCUCUUCUUCAGUGGUUUUAGUUGAAAGUGAAAGUUAGCUUGCGCUAGUAACGUUAUGUCUUUGUUGUUAUUUGAACAGAAAGUUGCAUUUGCAGUUGCUUUCAGACCACUGAAAACUUUGCCAAAACUUUGCCUUUUACACGAUUUAUUGCAUUGUACAGUUUCUAUUAUUCUAAGGAAUACAUACUGUUAAUUUGGCAAAUUUUGAAUUGUUUUGUCUUGAAACUGACUUGAAAGUGAAGCAGAAGUGUCUUAUAUUUGAAAGAAAAUCCAGAAACUGAACUUGUUAGGUGUCAAAGAACAUAACCUUGCAUUUUAACAGUGAUAAUUUAAAAUGUGAUGAUCUAUAAUUUGAAGAACUUACAUGCAAUAUUUAUUAUAUAUUGAUCUGAUAUAUAUAUUUUUAAAUUCACAGUUCCAACAACUGCAGGAACAGGUAAGCGUGGAUGUUUAUUUUUAUCACCUGUUGAAAAACUUCUCCUGUGUGUCUCAUUAUUUAAAAACGCGUUGUGAGGGUAGGGUUGCUGUGCUAGUUUAGUGGGGGAGCAGGAGAUUACUGUAUUAUAGUACUCACCAUCUCUUCCAUUCACUGCUUAUAAUCCCUCAGUGUGUCUGUCAUUUUAUUCUGGUUUUUACAUUAGCAUUGAUUGAUUGAUUGAUUGAUUGGAUUCAGCUUGUCCAACCUUGAUCCCAGGGUUGUCUCCUACCCAUCCCNUAGGUGUCAAAGAACAUAACCUUGCAUUUUAACAGUGAUAAUUUAAAAUGUGAUGAUCUAUAAUUUGAAGAACUUACAUGCAAUAUUUAUUAUAUAUUGAUCUGAUAUAUAUAUUUUUAAAUUCACAGUUCCAACAACUGCAGGAACAGGUAAGCGUGGAUGUUUAUUUUUAUCACCUGUUGAAAAACUUCUCCUGUGUGUCUCAUUAUUUAAAAACGCGUUGUGAGGGUAGGGUUGCUGUGCUAGUUUAGUGGGGGAGCAGGAGAUUACUGUAUUAUAGUACUCACCAUCUCUUCCAUUCACUGCUUAUAAUCCCUCAGUGUGUCUGUCAUUUUAUUCUGGUUUUUACAUUAGCAUUGAUUGAUUGAUUGAUUGAUUGGAUUCAGCUUGUCCAACCUUGAUCCCAGGGUUGUCUCCUACCCAUCCCCAUGCUCCGUAGGGUUGGGUAGAACCCUUGAACGAGGUUGCAACUUGUCAGCUAUUAAUCAUACAUGAAUUUUCAGGUAGUGAGACUACUGGUGUAGCUAUAUUUGAUUACGAGCCACUGAAAACCAAAACAGGUAAUUCUAGCUUACAUUUUACCUUCUUUCUUUAUGGAUUGAGAGGCGAGCUUUUGCUUUCACGCAUAUCCGUUUGAAAGCUAUUCGAAAGUAACUCUACUAACACUUAAAAGAGGAGACUUCAAUUUUGGAAGAAGCUAAACUCCUUAAAAAUUUCUUGACAGGUAUUGCAAACCGUGCUAUCCGACCCUUGCUAGGAAUUGUGGAUCCUUUACAUACCCUUCACAUGUCCGAGAGAUUGACAGCUAACAGCGGAUAUGACGUAUUAUGGUAAGACUGAUAGCACUCGAACGUUAGUGGCUAGUUUUCUCAGAUCAGAAAGAUGUUGGAUAGUUAUGUGGUUUAGUCUAGGUUUCUGUGAGUGAAGGAGCUGACAAAUUUUCUCCUAUGAUCAAUGCUCCUUUUUAGCCAUGCUAUCGAGUCGUACACGGCCAUUCCUUACCAGAUGCGUGGUCCUCGCCCCACGAAUCCUAAUUUGCGCCCAGCGUAUCAAGGCAGUAACCCGGUCAGUGAUGUUUGGUCCAAACAUGCGCUUGGUAUUGUAGCAAAAUACUUAAAAAGGUAAGUCUUGGCAUGACACUGUGUCUCACACAUGGUUAAAGUUUGAAAGAAUCGUGGGCUAUGGAAGAAGACAAACGUACAAGUUCUUUGUAUGGAUAUUACAACUAGAGCCCGAAGGUCUUAUUUAGAUCCCAAGAUAAGACUAGCUGUAUUAUGUUAUGCUACUGACUUGUUAAACCAUAGUCACACGAGACUCCUUUGCAAACAGUGCUCGUUAUGGUCUGCAUCUUACGUAUGUAUUCACCGGCGUGAUACUGUAGCAGCUAAUCAACCGCAUGACUCAAGAGCAUGCUUUGUGCCCCGCCCCUUGCUGUUAACGAGGGUCUAAACACUUACUCAAAGACAAACAAUUAUUUCAUCAGAUCAAUCAAGGAUUCCGAGGACCUUGAAGCCCGGUCCAAUAUGCAUUUGGCGAGUGUUUAUGCUGGAGUAGGGUUCGGAAAUGCUGGUGUACACUUAUGGUAAGCUGCUACACAUUGUGUUUAACAACAUGAGGCAUUUUUGGUCAAUUCGUUGGCAGUCUGGUUGACUUACUCCGCGGAGAAAGAGUGGGGAUUGGCUAAUAAGGAAACUCGCCGAGUAGAAAUGAUACUGUUUAUGAAACUCCUUAGGAUUAAUCUAAGUAAGGAGGUAGUGCUACUGUAGGUACCCUAUUGAUCGUUUUGAGAAAACACACAAUACUGACAUAUCACUACUGUUUAACCGGCAGUUUAUGUUUCGGAUGAAACUUUAUCCAUCGUCAUUGCUAACAAUCACCCUUUACGUCUGCAGUCAUGGGAUGUCCUAUCCCAUCUCCGGCCUCGUCAAGUCUUACAAAGCUAAGCAGUAUGAAGUGGAACACCCUCUUGUGGUAGGAUAUUGUAAAAGUUAUUAUUUUUUUAUGAGGAACGAAGAAAAUGUGUUGGCCCAAGUGUCUACUUUAUGAUAUACUUAACUGCCUUCGUGUAAAGCCGGCAAUUUUAAACUUUUUAAAGAUGACUACCGCAAAGGAUGUUGAAACGUCAGUCACUAUCAACAACAACAGUCCUAUUCAGGACCACGUUCACCCGGACGAUCAAACUCAACCUACUCAUGAAAUGACUAGCCUGCGGUUCAGCCGGCCCACGUAUCGCAUAUAGCUAUGAACAAGGUUUAAAGUGUCUGCGCGCAGGCUAGAAAUGACUCCUGGGUUCAAACGAUUCAGCAGUGGCAGAUCCAGGGGAGGGGCCCGGGGGGGGCUGCCACUCCCCCACCCAUUAUUUUAAGACCAAAUUGAGGCCCAAAGGGCCGAAAAAAAUUUUUUUGGAGACCGGGCCCUCCCUUAUCUCACGGUCUGGAUGACCACCCCCCCCCCCCCCCCUCCAACCCUAUCCUCCCUGCGGACCUCACCUCCGUCUUGUCAUCCUUNAGGUCUGGAUCCGACAUUGUUCACAGUAUUUGUGUUUUGUUUAUUAGCCACAUGGUUUGUCUGUAGUGGUUACAGCACCAGCGGUGUUUCGCUUCACGGCUCCAGCAUGUCCUGACAGGCAUUUGGAAGCUGCAAAAAUCCUUGGUGAGCCCAUAGUUAACCCUGUAUUGUUUACUUAAACGUCUAUCUUAGUCAACAACUGCCCUUCUUUCCAGAGUGCAGCUACGACAUUAUGAGUUUUCACAAUAAAAUGACAGAGCCACAGAUUAGUUUGAGAAACAAAUAACUGAACAAGCUCUUAAAAAUAGAUUUAACUCAAAACAGGAUGUAUAACGUGUGGAUGGAGAGGAUAUUUUCACGAACUGCGUACGAAUUUUAUCUCUUGAUACUUUUCUUUUGUUGAUCCGUGCACAGUUGAGUAUUCUCUCUCUGACUUGUUUAGGUGCGGACACAAAUAACGUUAAGUUGGCAGAUGCCGGGCUAUUGCUGUCGGACACUCUUCGGGAUUUCAUGCACAGUACCGGGGUAGAUAAUGGACUUACCGCCCUGGGUUAUAAACCGGAAGACAUUCCAGCGCUUGUCAAAGGAACACUGCCUCAACAUCGUGUGACAAAACUUGCCCCAGCCGGUGCCCCUGGAGAAGACGAACUUGCUCGACUCUUUGAGGAUUCCAUGACGGUGUAUUAG